AUGGCGUGGUCAGCUCUUACUGGCCCUUGUGUGGCCCUUGUCCUGCUAUUCUUCGGUUUGACCUCCUGCACUCCCUCUGGCCCGGCCUCUGCCACCUGCGCCACCUUGGAGCAGAGUCGCUUCUUUGGUGUAUUCUCCUCCACAACCACCCUGCCUGACACACCAUGCUCCUGGACCCUGCAGAACCCUGAUCCCCGCCGGUACACUGUCUACAUGAAGAUCACCAAGCCCACCGACUCCUGCAUACCCCGCCAGAUCAGGACCUUCCAGUUCGACUCCUUCAUUGAGACUUCUCGCACCUACCUGGGUAUGGAGAGCUUCGAUGAGGUGGUCAGGCUGUGUGACGCGUCAACCACUGUCACCUACCUGGAGUCCAGCAAGCAGUUCCUGCAGAUCCGCAAGUUGGCCCCAAGAAAUGCCCUGGAGAUUGUGGAGGGAGAGAGCGGUGUCAGUGAGUUCAAGGCUGAGUUUCUGGUUGUGGGGAAGAGGAACCCAAGCAUGCCUGCCUGCCAGAUGCUGUGCCAGUGGCUGGAGAAGUGCCUGUCCAGUAGCACCCAUGAUUAUCCCUGUGGUAUUAUGAACACCCCUUGCCAGUGCUGGGAGGCCCCCAAGAGGAAGCCAGGGAGCUGCUACAGGGGUGGUGUCUACGUUGAGAAAUGCCUUACAGUGCCCAGAGACAACGGACGUGAUGCUGAGAUUAUCAAGGGCUGGGCUGGUUGGGGACGCUGGUCAGUAUGCAGCCAGGAAUGCGGUGGCGGAGUCCAGGUGCGCAGCCGAAGCUGUCAGCCUGACGAUGGUGUGUGUGAGGGAACAGUUGAAGAAGGGCGGGCUUGCAACCCUCAGCAGUGCAUUGGCAAAGAGCGCAACAGGAGCCAGGGUCUGCGGGCCAUCAUCGGUUUGAAGAGAGACAAUGUUGAUGAUUCUAACCAUGGAGUUGUUGCAACCCAGACAGAUGCUAAGACAGAUGAGUGGUCCACCUGGAGUUCAUGUUCAGUCAGCUGUGGGGAGGGCUGGCAGAGCCGCACCCGCAUCUGUGCAACUUCCUCCUUCACCACCCAGUGUGUCGGACCCCUGCGUGAGAAUCGUCCCUGCAACAACACAGCUGUCUGCCCCGUGGAUGGUGCUUGGGAUGAGUGGACCCCCUGGAGCCUGUGCUCAUCCACAUGUGGUCGUGGUUACCGUGACCGUACCCGCACAUGCAAGCUGCCCAAGAAUGGAGGAGAGCCUUGCCGCGGCCCUACAAAACAAACCAAGUUCUGCAACAUCGCUGUCUGCCCCGUGGAUGGAUCCUGGAACGAGUGGUCUGCCUGGAGUGCAUGCUCUGCUUCUUGCUCCAAUGGUACCGUACAGAGGACACGGGAAUGCAACGGCCCAUCCUAUGGAGGCUCUGAGUGCCACGGCAGCUGGAAAGAGACAUCAAACUGUUUCCUGAAAGAGUGCCCCGUUGAUGGACGCUGGCAUUCAUGGAGCUCAUGGGGCAGCUGCAGCAAGACUUGCGGUGGAGGCAUCCAGCAGAGGCAGAGAGUCUGUGAAGGACCUUUCUUUGACGGAGCACCUUGCCCUGGUGAAAAGGGAGAGCAGAGGCGUUGCAGUGAGAGGAGAUGUCCUGAGCCCCAUGAGAUCUGCCCAGAGCAGAACACUGGAGAUGUUGUGUGGAAGAAAACCCCCGCUGGAGACCUGGCUGCCAUCACCUGCCCUGCUGAUGCCUCAGGUAUGAUUCUUCGUCGAUGCACCCUAGAUGCUGUAGGUCUUGCCUUCUGGGAGAACCCCACUCACCACAAGUGUGUCUCCAAGAACUAUGAGAACAUUCAGAUGCUGUCAAGGGACUACAUCUCCAAAGCACAGAUGGGGCAGAGCAUGGACGGGGUCGCUGAGGUGAUUUCGCGCCUGAGAUUCUCCUCCGAUGAAGGGGCCAAGUACAGCGGCGACCUCUUGGCUGUCAUGGAAAUCCUGAAGAACACCACUGAAGUGUACAAGGGAACCAGACUGAGACUGAGCAACGCUGAUGUAGAGAACUACGUCCAGACCAUCAGCAACUUACUGAAGGAGGAACAUCGUGACAAAUGGGAAGAGGCACAGCUGAUGGGUGCCAACAUUAAGAAGUUUCUCCGCCUUGUUGAGGACUUUGUGAACAUGAUCGGCAUGCAAAUGAGCGGCUUUCAGGACAUUUAUGAAGUCACAGAGAAUUUAGUGCUGAGCAUCCAUAAGCGCCCAACGACCACAAGCUCCAACUUCACCUUCCCCAUUAAAGGCUGGAGGGGCAUGCUGGACUGGGUUAGGACCUCGGAGGAGAAGAUCUCAGUGUCCCGUGAUGCUUUGUCCAUUGAGCAAACUGAUGCCAAUGAUGCUUUUGUGACCGGCAUCGUCCUCUACAGAAACCUUGCCUCUAUUCUGUCCUUCCAGAGCAACACCACCUUACUCAACUCAAAAGUGGUGACAGUGAUCGUCAAUCCCACCCCAAAUCUACUGUCAACCCCCGUUGAGAUCGAGUUCCCCCACCUCCACAACGGCACCAUAAAUGAGACAUGCCUCUCAUGGGACGAGAGCGAAACUUCCUCUCUACUUGGGUCUUGGUCUGCUCGGAGCUGCAGAGCGGUCCCCGUUCAUUCAUUCAGAACCAAAUGCGUGUGUGACAGCCUCUCCACCUUCGCCAUUUUCGCGCACGUCAACUCCGACUCGAUCAUGGACAAGGCACUGCUCCCAUCCGUGACUCUCAUAGUUGGCUGUGGGGUCUCCUCUCUCACCCUGCUGCUCCUCAUCAUCAUCUACGUCUCCGUGUGGAAGUACAUCCGCUCCGAGCGCUCCGUUAUCCUCAUCAACUUCUGCCUGUCUAUUAUAUGCUCCAAUGCCCUCAUUCUCAUCGGACAAACUCAGGCUCGCAACAAGGUCGUGUGCACUCUCGUAGCUGCUUUCCUGCACUUCUUUUUCCUCUCCUCUUUCUGCUGGGUGCUGACAGAAGCUUGGCAGUCCUACAUGGCUGUCACUGGUCGUCUGCGCAACCGCAUCAUCCGCAAGCGCUUCUUAUGCUUGGGCUGGGGCCUUCCUGCAUUGGUGGUGGCUGUGUCUGUGGGUUUCACAAAAGCUAAGGGUUACGGCACUGUCAACUACUGCUGGCUGUCUCUUGAGGGUGGACUCCUCUACUCCUUUGUUGGCCCUGCCGCAGCUGUUGUUUUGGUGAAUAUGGUCAUUGGUAUUCUGGUCUUCAACAAGCUGGUAUCCAAGGACGGCAUCACCGACGUGAAGCUGAAGGAGAGAGCCGGGGCAUCACUGUGGAGCUCCUGCGUGGUUCUGCCUCUCCUGGCCCUCACCUGGAUGUCUGCUGUGCUGGCCAUCACCGAUCGCCGCUCUGCCCUCUUCCAGAUCCUCUUUGCUGUCUUCGACUCUCUGGAGGGUUUCAUCAUCGUCAUGGUCCACUGCAUCUUGCGUAGAGAGGUUCAAGAAGCUGUAAAGUGCAGAGUAGUCGACCGCAAGGAUGACGGAAAUGGAGACUCUGGCAGUUCUCAUCACAAUGGCCACACCCAGCAUAUGCAGUCUGAUAACGAAAAGGAUGGAGAUUCAAGCAGAAUAGGAAUGAAGAGCUCCUCUGAGGAGAAGAUGCCUCCUCCUCAGCUGCCUCUUCCCAUGGGAUCCAACUUCCACACCCUGCCAUCCAACCCCAAUAAGAGCCACAUGCAGGCGGUUCCUGAAUAUUCCAGCCACACGCUCACCUUGAAGAGAGAGAAAAGCCGUCUGGCGGGCGGUAUCGACCCAUCCUGCGGAAAACCUGUGUAUGUGUGCGAGGGAGAGCUCUUCAAGCAGCUGGACGCUGAUCUCGCUCGGGUUCAGGCUGAGGGCAGCCUCUCCGACGGCAGCGGUUAUGUACUCAUGCCCAACACUACCUCCACCCUGAGGUCCAAGCCCAAAGAUGACCCAACGAAAUACAAUAUCAGUGUGGAGCAGCUGCCACAGGCCAGACUCAUGCACCUCAGCGGGCCCUUUGCCGAGCCACAGGCCGCCUUUGGGAUGAAGUCGAUCCCCGCUGACCAGGUCAGCGUGUCUUAUUCAGAGAGGGACUCACCAAUCCAGAACAUCCACAACAUGUCGAGUGAGUCUCACAUCACCCACAGCAGCCUGGAGAACACCUUUGAGUCCAUGAACUCCAUGAUGUCCAAGAGUGAGACGAUCUCCACGCUGUCCAUGAGCUCCUUGGAGAGACAGAAAUCUCGUUAUGCUGAGUUGGACUUUGAGAAAAUCAUGCACACAAAGAAGCGCCACCAGAACAUGUUCCAGGACCUAAACAGGAAGUUGCAUCAUGCUGAGAAAGACAGAGAGUCACCCGCUUCUGACAGCAAGUCUGUGAGAUGGAGUGUGUCAUCUGGAGGAAGUGACAAAACGAACCACAGCGACAAACAGCAGGGUCCUCUGGAGAGGCCAUGGGAAGGAGUCCGGGGAUUACCGCAGUCACCCCCUGCAUGGGUACGCAAAGACCUGGAGCCCCUAGCUGCCUCACCUCUGGAGCUGCACUCUGUGGAAUGGGAGAAGUCCAGCACCACCAUCCCUCUGGUGGGGCAGGAUAUCAUCGACCUGCAGACGGAGGUCUGA